AUGGGGUCUUACAGAAAAAAAAUCCAGUAUUUAAUAGUCGAUACAAGUGCAUUCCUAAACAAUGCACCUUUACAGGAAAUAGGAGAAAAUAUAAUAACUGUUCCUGAAGUUGUUAAUGAAAUUAAAUCUAAAAGGCAAUUGAGGAGAUUAAUUGUUUUGCCUUAUGAUUUACAAGUGAAAGAUAGUACAGCUGACAGCAUUAAAUUUGUCAAUGAAUUUUCAAAAAAAACUGGGGAUUUCCCUAGCCUUUCUGCCACUGAUGUAAGUAUUAUAGCACUUACUUAUCAGCUUGAAAAGGAAAAAAAUGGAACUGAACAUUUAAAUGAUGCCCCCCUUUAUAAAACAACAAUUGAACCAUUUUCUAAAAUACCGGAAGAUUUAAAAAAUGUCGUCGGAUUUCAUUUACCUAAAAAGAAUUUAUUAUCCAAAUCAGAAUCACCCAGUAUCAUUAAUUCGGAAAGCUCAGAAUAUGAAUCUGGAGAAGAAUUUGUUGAUGCAUUAGAAGAUUUAUCAAAUUGUGACAGUAAAAAUGAAAGCAAUAUUACUUCAGAAAAAGAUGAUAUUGUUAAAAGCAUAAAAAAUUUUAGUUUUGAUGAUGAUGCAGAAAAAAAUGAUGAAAAAAAUCUUAGAAAUUUAAAAGAAAAUGACAACCAAGUUAAUUGUCCAGUUUUAGAAAAUAAUGAAAAAUAUGAAUAUGAUGAUGAUGAUAAUGAUGAGAAUGAUGAUGAUGAUGAUGAAGAUGAUGAUAGUGAUUGGAUUACACCUGAGAAUUUUAAAGAAGCUAAAUCAAAAAUUGCAGAUGAAGUCGAUGAAAGCUUAGAAAAUGUGGUAGUAGCUUGCUUGACAACAGAUUUUGCAAUGCAGAAUGUAUUAAAACAAAUAGGUCUUAAUGUAAUUUCCCUCGAUGGAAAAUUAAUUAAACAAUUAAGAACAUUUAUUUUACGAUGCUAUGGGUGUUUUAAAACCACAAGUAUAAUGACAAAAGUAUUUUGUCCUAAUUGUGGUAAUAAAACGCUUAAAAAAGUUGGAGUCUCACUAAAUGCUGAUGGAACCCAACAUUUACAUAUUAAUUUUAGAAGACCAUUGACAGCUAGAGGAAAAAGGUAUUCAAUGCCACAUUUUAAAGGUGGUAAACACAGUAAUAAUCCUAUAAUUUGUGAGGAUCAACCUAUGCCUCAGCAAAAACCGAGUCGUCUUUCUAGAACAAAAAAUAAUCCUCUAAACGAUGAUUAUGUGGCAGGAUAUUCUCCAUUUGUUAUGAGAGAUGUAACAUCUAAAUCUGCCAUGCUGGGAAUAAGACCACAUAUAGAAAUGAAACAUUGGAUGAAAAGAAAUCCAAAUGAUAAAAGUAGAAGAAAAAAAUAA